AUGGAGCGGAAUAUUCGUUUUUGUCCAGAUUGUAAUAAUAUAUUGUGCCCAAGAGAAAAUACUGAAAUGCGAAGACUAUUUUAUAUUUGUAGAAACUGUGAUUACUAUAACUUUGCAGACCCAGGAAAUCCCGAGGAAAAUGUCGUCAAUUGUCUUAUGUAUCAAUAUGAGGGUAAGGAAGAUAUUUUAGUUACAAAGGGUUUGCACCAAGAUCCUACUUUGGGUAGAACAGAUGAAUGGAACUGUCGUGGAUGUGGCCACAAUGUUGCAGUCUUCUUUCAACUUCCAGAGCGUGUAUGUUCAGAAUCUAUGACUUUAGUUUUUGUCUGCGUUAACUGCGGUGAAUGGGUUAAGGAAGGAAAAGAUAACAAUGAAGAUAUGGAAUUAGCUGAUGAUGGAACAGACUUAUUGAAUCAGCCAUACUUUAAUAUUGAUGAGAUGCCAUUUGAUGCUAAAAAAGAAGAGUCCUAG